AUGGAAGAUCUUUUCAUCUCCGAAGAAGGGCAGGCGGUAAAAGAUGUUAUGGAUGGUUUUUAUGAUGCUGAUGGACAAGUUCCAUGUCAAAUUGAUGGCGGAUUAAAAUGUUUUGGACAUCCAAUUGGCGCUUCUGGUUUAAGGAUGCUUUAUGAGAUGUAUCUGCAGCUUCAAGGUAGAGCUGAUAAAAGACAAUUAAAAAAUCCUUCAAUUGGAUUGACUCAUAAUCUUGGCGGUCAACCUGCGAAUAAUGUUUGCUCG